AUUAAAAUCUUAUUAGUUUUCUAAUUUCCAAGGAAAAAUUCAUAAAUUAGUUUUCUAUGGACCGGUCUCGCUAUUUACUUAACCUCCGUUUUCUUAUCUCCUAUUUCACUAUUUGCAAGAUAUCUUAUUAACUAAAAUGGCUGGGGGUGAAAAUGAGAAACCAGAAAGCAAAAAAGCUGCAAAGAAAGAGCAGAAGAAAGCUGAAAAAGCAGCUAAAAAAGCGGAACAUAGGGGAGGAGAUAAUAAGCCAGUUGUUGAAGAGGAAGUCGACAUCUCUAUUGGAAAAUAUGGAGCACUUCCUCUUAUUCGAUCAGAAACUAAAAUAGAGAGGCAGUACUCUAAAGUUCAGGAACUGUCGAAGAAUUAUGCCGAUAAGGAAGUUUGGGUUCGCGCUAGACUCCAGACAGUUCGAGCUAGAGGCAAACAAUGCUUUAUUGUUCUCAGACAAAGGGAAUUCACAAUUCAAGUACUUGUAAAUGUUUCUGAAAAAGUAUCAAAAGCAAUGGUCAAGUUUGCCAGCAAUAUUUCAAAAGAGAGUAUUGUUGAUGUGAAAGCCAAAGUAGCUAAGGUAGCUUCAGAAGUAGCUGGUUGUACUCAGAGUGAUGUUGAGUUGAUUGCAUCAGAACUAUGGGUUGUAUCAAGUUCAGAUCCUCAAUUACCCUUGCAAAUUGAAGAUGCUAGUAGACCAGAAAAACCAGAGGAUGCUGAAGGUCUCAACAUAAGAGUUAAACAAGACACAAGAUUGGACAACAGAGUUUUAGACUUGAGAACAUCAGCAAACCAAGCUAUUUUCAAAUUAGAAGGUGGUGUUUGUAGGCUGUUCCGCGAAUACUUAACAGGCGAAGGUUUUACUGAAAUACACACCCCUAAGAUUAUUCCUGCAGCUUCUGAAGGAGGCGCUAAUGUUUUCACUGUUAGCUAUUUUAAAGGUUCUGCUUAUCUUGCUCAAAGUCCUCAGUUGUACAAACAGAUGGCUAUAGCAGCUGAUUUCGACAAGGUUUUUACAGUAGGAGCUGUAUUCAGGGCUGAAGAUUCCAACACGCAUAGGCAUUUAACAGAGUUUGUAGGUCUUGAUUUGGAAAUGGCAUUUAUGCAUCACUAUCAUGAAGUUGUGACAGUUAUUGGGGAUCUUUUUAUUUCCAUUUUCAAAGGUUUACGUGAUCAGUUUAAGACGGAGAUUGACACAAUCUGCCAACAGUUUCCAGUAGAGCCUUUUACAUUUUUGGAUCCCCCUCUUAUUCUGCAUUUUGACGAAGGUAGAAAGAUGUUAGCUGAGGUAGGUGUUGAAGUAGGCCAGGAAGAAGACCUCAGCACACCUGCGGAAAAACUUCUUGGCAGAUUGGUGAAGGCUAAGUACGACACCGACUUUUACAUUUUGGAUAAAUACCCCUUGGCUGUGAGGCCGUUUUACACCAUGCCAGAUCCAAACAGCCCUAUUUCUUCAAACUCUUAUGACAUGUUCAUGAGAGGUGAGGAGAUCCUGAGUGGAGCUCAGAGGAUUCACGAUCCGAAGUUUUUGACAGAAAGGGCAAAACAUCAUGGGAUCGAUAUUCCUAAAAUACAAUCUUAUAUUGACGCCUUCAAAUAUGGGUGUCCACCACAUGCUGGAGGUGGUAUCGGACUUGAAAGAGUGGUUAUGUUGUACCUUGGGCUUGACAAUAUUAGGAAAACUUCAAUGUUUCCAAGAGAUCCUAAAAGGGUCACCCCAUAGAGUUUUCUUUUUUAUUACAAUAAAGAAAAUCUUUUAGAA